AUGCACAAUAUGACGCACACCAAAGAAAUUAUUGGAGUUAUUAUCAAAAUUGUAGCACCCAGAAAAGUAUUCUUAACAAAAGUACAAAAAGAAUCUACGGUUUUCAAAUUUGUUAUAAAAAAUAAUAAAAGUGAUAAAAUUCAAGUAACAUCGUGGGAAGAUGACAUCGAACGCAUUAUUAACGAUAUAAAAAUCGGCUCUGUAUAA